GAAAGGCGCUCGAGGCCGGUACCAGUCUCCGGGCCUAGCGGCAGGGGCGGAGCUGGUUGCUAGGAAGGCAGUUUCCGCCAAUCACCUGCUCGACUCUCGUGGGCGGGGCCCGACUCGCAGCGUCUGUGGAAACCCAAGGAGGCGGCCGAGGAGAGGGCAAGAGGAGGUGAGAGAGAGAGAGGGAAAAUGACUGCAGGCUCAGUGUGUGUUCCUCAGAUCAUACCAUUGCGAGUGCCUCCCCCCGGAAAAGCCAACCAUGAAAUUGAUAACAAUACACUUUUGGAAAUGAAAUCUGACACCCCUGAUGUCAACAUAUAUUAUACCCUGGAUGGCAGCAAACCUGAAUUUCUAAAGAGAAUUGGUUAUGGUGAAAAUAAUACAUUUAAGUAUACGAAGCCUAUUACUCUGCCUGAUGGAAAAAUACAAGUUAAAGCUGUUGCAGUCUCUAGGGACUGCAGACAGAGUAGCAUUGUAACAAAGGUGUUUCAGGUGGGCUAUGAGCCACCAAAUACAGUCUCUUCAGAAAACCAUGUUGAAAAUGUUCUCAAAGAUUCUUCCAAGCAGGAAUUGAAAAAUGGAUUCGUGGGAUCAAAACUAUGGAAGAAAUAUAAGAAUGCUGAAAAUAAACAGCAUGGGAAUGUUGACCUUAGAAAGUCUGCAGAGAGUCCACUGGAAAUCCCACCUUACCAUGAAGAAUCAGGUUCUAGACCACCCACCCGCCAGUCUCAGUUCCCUAGUUUUGCACACAUAACUGGCCAGAAGAGUUUGACAAGCACAGAGAUCAUGAGAAUUCAAAGAGAGACAGACUUUCUCAAGUGUGCCCACUGCCUGGCCCCCCGCCCAUCUGACCCCUUUGCUCGCUUCUGUCAAGAAUGUGGCUCUCCUGUCCCACCCAUAUUUGGCUGUCGUCUCCCACCCCCAGAAGGAGCUCAGAUGGGCUUAUGUGCAGAGUGUGGAAACAUGGUGCCCAUGAACACUCCCAUCUGUGUGGUGUGUGAGGCCUCUCUUAUCCUACAGCUGCAGCCACAGGCCAGCCUCCGCUUGAAGGAGAAAGUAGUCUGCCGCACCUGUGGCACAGGGAAUCCAGCUCACCUAAAAUACUGUGUCACCUGUGAGGGGGCCCUGCCUUCAUUUCAAGAGCCCAUGCGCAGUGGAGAUAAAGCCUCUCCUCUGCCCACUCAGAAAGGGGAGACCAUUUCCUUCUCCAAGUAUGGUCGCAGGAAUCGCCGGGAAGCUUGCUUCUGUGACUGGUGUGGAUCCACGCCAGGCAUUUCUGCUUGCUACUCUGUUUGCCCUAAAUGUGGGGCCAGCAAUCACCCAUCUGCCCGAUUCUGUGGUUCCUGUGGUAUUUAUGUGAAGUCCUUGGCAAGACUUAGCCUGGACAACAGCCUGGCUCUAGCUGCUGGAGAACUUGGCCCUUUUGCUGAGUCCCUAAAUGUUCCUUUACCCAGACCUAAUGCUGAGACUCGGAAGGACGUGGGCACACAGACUGCUGGCCUAUUCUACCCAUCUGGCACGCUACUAGCCAAAAAGGAACAGGAAAUGGCUUCUCAGAAGCAGAGGCAGGAGAAGAUGAGUGACCAUAAACCUCUCCUCACAGCUGUCAGCCCAGGAAGAGGAUACUGGAGAAAACAGUUGGAUCAUAUCUCUGCCCACCUCAGGUCUUAUGCUCAGAACAACCCUGAAUUCCGGGCCUUGAUCGCAGAACCCAGAAUGGGAAAGCUUCUCUCCGCUACUGUCCAUGAAGAUGGCUAUGAAGUUAGCAUCCGGCUGAAUUAUAUUCAAGUAUCCAACAAAAACCUUUACCUCAGCAAGGCUGUGGAUUUCAGCAGCCACUUUCUGAGCAGUGUCACCGAGGGUGGUGAUGGACCAUUUGGCAGCAGGUCCAGCUUGGUGAGUGACUACAGCCAAAGCACCUCAGACACCACUGAAAAAGUCAAGAGGACAAAGAAUUUCAAGACCAAAAAGUUUCAAGAAAAGGAGCAACUCACACCUGAAAACAGGCUUCUGCUGAAGGAAGUCGGACCGACAGGGGAAGGGAGAGUCUCUGUGAUUGAACAGCUGCUUGAGGAGGGAGCAGACCCCAAUUGCAGGGACAGUGAAGAGCGACCCGUGAUUACCGUGGCUGUUGUGAACACGCAUCACGAAGUGAUUCCGGUUCUCGUGCAGAGAGGAGCAGACACGGAGCAGCACUGGGGCCCGCUCCAAAAUACAGCUCUUCAUGAAGCAACUCUGCUUGGCCUGGCAGGAAGGGAGUGUGUCGCUGCUUUACUGCGGUACGUUUCCAGCCUCUGAGGGAGAUUUCUGAGGGCC